GAACUUGCUUUCUCUUAAUCUGUGCUGUAGUUAUGCAUAGGGACCUUUUACCUCGGCCUUGCUCAGUCAAGCACAGAGGCCCAGAGUGGAGGAUACGAUUAUGAGUUUGUAGACGAGGUCCCUUCCAAGUACAUCUGCUGCAUCUGUACCAAGGUUCUGAGGGAAGCUCGCCUCGCGGAAUGCUGCGGGCAACAUUUCUGCCACUCCUGCCUCACACAGUGGUUUAGUUCUAAUUCCAAGAAAAUCUGCCCCCACUGUCGCACGCCAAGAUUCAAACAUGUCCUGAACAAGGAAAAGAUCCGUGAAAUAAAGAAGCUUCGUAUUCGGUGCUCUAAUGUUAAGAAGGGGUGCAAGUGGGAGAGUGAGCUGGGAGAUAUAAAACAACAUCUCGAGUCCGAAAGUGGUUGCCAAUUUGUUAUAGUGAAAUGCAGCAAUGAUGCAUAUAAAUGUGGUUUUGGCAGAGCAGUAGAGCGUUUGGUUUGUGGGGUGGAAAUUGAGCGACAACAUCUGGCUACACAUAAGGAAAAUGAUUGUGAGUACCGUCGGUGUACUUGUCAAUAUUGUGGCUAUGUUGACGUUCAUGAUGCCAUAACUGGAUCUGGAAAUAUAAGAAAGGAUUCGAAAGUUACAGGCUUUGGUAAUCAUCACAGUACAUGUGACCAAUAUCCACUUGAGUGUGUAAAUAAAUGCGGAGCGAAGGAUAUCAAACGGAGGGAGAUGCAGUCCCAUCGAAAUGCUUGUCCUCUGGAGAAAAUGCGUUGCCCUUUCAGCAGUUACUGCAGAAAUGGUAUUCUUAGAAAAGACGUAGAGAGCCACAAAAUAGACUGGGAUUUUCGUCCGCACGAAUGUGAAUAUUGUGGGCACGUUGGGGAAUUUUAUACUAUGUCUGGUAAGGGGAAGUACUGGGAAGCACAAGGUCCUAGUCAUUGUGAACAGUGCGAGCAGUACCCACUAGAGUGUAUCAACAAAUGUGGUGCAACAAAAAUCAAACGAAAUAAUAUGAGUGCUCAUUGCAGCACAUGCCCUCUCCAGCCACUUGAUUGUCCCCUUGGUACUCAUCAAAGAAAGAUCCUGCGAAGGGACAUGGAACGACACAAGGCAGAAGAGUGUGAGUUUCGACCAUACACGUGCAUGUACUGCAAUCAACACGGAAUUUAUGUAUCCAUCACCGGAAAGGGUGCAUCUGUACGAAACAAGACAUGUCAUUACGAUAUUUGCCAAGACUAUCCACUUGAAUGUCCGAAUCGGUGUGAAGCAAGGAAUAUCAAACGUAGAAAUAUGUCAUUUCAUCGACAAAGGUGUCCUCUUGAGCAACUAGACUGCCCCUUCAAGUUUGCUGGUUGUGUAGGC